UUCACCUGACGGUGUGCUCUGUGUUGUGUCAGUAACAGUAACAAUAACCAUGGACGGUAUAACUUGGUGCUUCGUGCUAGCUGUGUCCCUCGUCUCCUGUGUGUCAGCUCAGAAUGGUAGAGGAUUGCAGCAGCAUGAGAAUAACCGGCAUGGGUGGGACAUCCGCAUCGCUGUACCGGGUAGUCCUGGCGAGGACUACCCGACCCUCAGCAACAUACCCAGGACCCCAUUUUCGUGUGCUGGACGAGAACCAGGAUACUACGCAGAUUUUGAAACAAACUGUCAGGUAUUCAGAGUCUGCACCGUCGGUUCCACAUAUGGCUUCCAGUCUUUUCUCUGUCCGAAUGGAACUUUAUUCAACCAAGCUGUCUUCGUUUGUGACUGGUGGAUGAAUGUCAAUUGCAGAGAAUCUGAAAAGCUACUAAACUCGAAGAACGAACAGUUUCAGAAUCUUCGACUAGGGCCCGAACUCAUGAAGGACAUCAAGAAAAUGCUCACAUAUCCAAUGCGCAAUCCCUACAAUAAAGCCUCAAUGAGAAGUAACCUUGUGGUAAUGCAGGAUUACAAAGCUCCUGCAGGCCAGUUGUUCCCGAAUGAAGCGUUAUUAGCCGGUCCUGAACGUCUGCCCAGUAACGUCUAUGUACCCAAACAAAAUCUUAUUCAAAAUACUUAUUCGAACAACGAAAACUUUUACUCCAAAUCCACGUCACAGCCCAACUAUCCAAGUCAGUAUACGACAGUUCGUCCAAGCACAAGAGAGGCAGAAAUAUUUCAGAGGCAGAGGCAAACUACACCACGUUACAGUAAUAAACUUCGAGAGGAACCAAACUUGCGGUUUGGCAACACAAUAUCAAACAGUCAUGCUGGCCAAUUCAAUCAAUUAAAAACAAAAUCGAAUGAUGCUACAAACACACGUCCGCAAAGACCUACUAAAGAUAUUCAGAAAAACUCACAAUACUUUACAAAGCAAACAACAACACUGUCUCCAAAUAUUCAAAAUACUUCACGAAGACAACGUGGCAGACAGCGUUCUUUAAACACUGACAAUAAAAAAUCUACAAAUUUGAGUGAAAAGUUGACCGAUAAUGACAGUGUCACAAACCAAAAAUACACCUCAAAUCAACAAGAAACGCAAAAAAUAUCAAAUCAAAAAGCAAAUAUUCAGUUCAAUAACGGAAUAUCUGACGACAUACAAAAUGAAGUAAAACAAAACAUUGUAAGUACCCUCGACACAGCAGCUUCAACAGUCGUCACAAAGACUGUACCUUUUCGUAAAACAAUUGAACAAACAAAACCAGGUAAAGCUAAAUCUAGAAUUGUAAUCAAAACGUGGCUUGUAAAGCCUACAAAAUUUGCAAAACUUAUAGCCAGUCCAACUCCAUAUACAUAUAAUAAACCUACUCAAUCGAUCAAUGAUAAUCUUCUUGAUAAUUCAACACCGUACGAAUAUGAACAUUCUACAAAAGAACCUUUGACUGAAAGUACUAUUUCAGAACCAGAACCUACGCCGUAUUUUUACAGAAUACCAACUGCAACCACCGAACGUCCUACUACAACAAAUUCGAUAGAACUAAAGGAUGCGCUGACUUCCAAUCCGAACCCUUAUUCAACAAUAGCAGAACCUUUAGAUCUAGGCCCUACAAUCGUAUUACCAACAGCAUCUUCUGUAAUAUAUUUAGCUCCAACAACAUUUAAACCAGCAGCCCGCUUUUAUUUACCACCAUCAAACCCCAUUCCUUCUAGGCAAUAUUUAUCGCCCAUAAUCCAACCACCUAUGUAUAAUUCGAAUGCGCAAUUGAGAUAUAGCCCAUCAACAACCAUAUCAACUUUAGAGGUUCUUAACAAGCCUGCUAGUGUACCUUCGUUCUUCACAGCCACACCACCUAGACCUCCCACUACAAGUUUACCUCAUAAUUUAACUUUUAAUGACAUUUUAACAAAACAAAAGUUAGACACAACAGUAAAUGAUAUAGUUAAAGAUACAAACAAUAUUUUAAAGACAGCAUCUCCACCACAAUUUAGUCAAUACCGUCAAGUGUUUAAGUCUUUUGAAGGUCCAAAAGACAAUUUUAUGCCCACAGAAUCAGUAACUGAUAGUGGAGAAAGCUUGACUUCGCAAUUACCAACAGUCGAUACAAAAAGCUCUAACAUAGUAACACUUCCGUCUAAUAAACUAGAACCUCCUCUUGUAACUAACAAUGUUUUGAAUAAAAACAGUACUCAAGAUUUACCAUACUUUCAAGAAUCUUUAUUGCCUCCAGCUAACACCAUAGAACGAACAGUAACAAUUAGAAUAACCCUACCUGAAAAGGUGGCAUCAUAUUUGUUCAAAAAUAGUAAUAAAACAGAUUUUGAUAAAUUAGAAAUCUUGAAUACUGGUAAUAGUGACUAUUUAGUUCUAAGCAAUGAUUUUAGGACAAACCCCAACUUUGUAACAACAGGUAAACUUAAUGCUCACCAAAAUAGAAACAUUUCUAAUUCACAGGCGUUGGUGUUCUCACUACUUGCUGAUUCAAUUAAUGCUGCAAAAGAAUACACAAAUAUAGCUCAACAAGAAGUUAUUCCUGCUACGCCUGGUAUUACAAAAUUUCAGAAUGUAAACGAAGCCGAACUUUCACAAAUCACGAACAUGAUCUCAAAGUUAACUUCGACACAAUAUGCUGACAUUUACAAUCGAAAUGAAAACAUCAUCACGACACCACAAAAUAUACCUACGAACAUUCAAUCUAAUCAGCUAAUAACAGUUCCCGAAGUCACAAACCAAAUAUACAACAGGCCAUUUACGAGUUAUAUCGGACAGCCAGCAAACAAUCCAGGCCAAGGCAAUACAGCAAACUUUAUUCACUCAAACAUUCCCCAGAACGCUCCUUCUAAUUUCAUUCCCACUGCGAAUACCCAACCACAAUAUUCACAAGACACAAAUUUGUUCCCGUCCGGAGAUCGGAACCAUGACGUCACAAACUUAUUGAAUCAAUCACCGACAGCAGUCGAAAUAGUCCAAUCGCAAACUUUACCAUACAGUUCGGCUAAACUACAAAUAGGUUCCUCGGAUCAGUCAACACAGACGUUUAAUCAAGAAACCCUCGCCAAUCUAUUAAGCGGCGACAAUGGAAUAUCGGCACACCUUCAAGACAAAAUUAUAGGGACCAUAAAACAUCCCUUAGAGAGCGAUAAACUAGUGACGUACGAAAAAGACCAAUCUUAUUAUUUCACGUCGAACUUGAAUAAAAACACUCCUGGACCGAACUUUUCAGGAAACUUAAUUCAACCUACAUCAAACGUAGAAGCGAAGCCUUCAAAUGCAAACUUCCCGAAUACACUAACUUUACAGUUCAUUCCUUCAAACGGUUAUGAGGUGGAAAACGAAAGACAACAGCAGAAGCUACUCGAUACUUUUCAGAUCGACGAAUUUGGAGCUCCAAGAGAAGUCGUUUCCAAUAUCGAUCGAUCCAAUAACCAGGAACAGAUAUUAACCUCAAAUAUCGAUUAUUCUGUUGAACACCCCACGUCGGCCCGACAAUUAGACGGGACAAACAAUAUCAACGCCUUGUACUCUGGUCCGUCGUCAUAUUCUGCACCGCAAUCGUCAGUAGUCGGGGGACGAUCAGACAGACAAAAUCAAUACAACUCGAAUUUAGAAGACUUGGAUGAAAACAAUGAAAACGGAUAUCCUAGAACGAGGCCGGCUCGGCAAUUUACCUUCUAA